GAGAGAUUGAAGAUCUCUUCGAGAAGGUUGCAAGAUUGAUUACAUGGGGGUGGGUACAUUUCAUUAAAGGAUAUACAAACAAGAAGAAGAUAAUUCUGGUCGAACGCAAACCCUAAAAAAAAGCAAUUAUUCUGACUUGCUUCAUCGUCUUCGUCUCCGAUUCCAAGGAUCCGUCGUUCCCUUUCCUCAUGUCGAAGCAAACGUACAGAGUAUGUUUCUGCUUUCGCCGGAGGUUUCGGUAUACUGCAUCGGAGGCACCGCGUGAGAUCAAGACCAUUUUCGAAAAGUACUCGGAGAAUGGGGUUAUGACCGUCGAUCAUCUCCACAGGUUUCUGAUCGAUGUUCAGAAGCAAGAUAAAGCCACCAGAGAGGAUGCACAGUCAAUUAUCAAUGCCGCCUCUUCUCUUCUGCAUCGUAAUGGUCUCCACCUUGAUGCUUUCUUCAAGUACCUUUUUGGUGAGAAUAACCCUCCACUUGCUCUACGUGAGGUGCAUCAAGACAUGGAUGCUCCUAUUUCGCAUUAUUUCAUAUUCACUGGUCAUAAUUCUUAUUUGACCGGUAAUCAGCUGAGCAGUGACUGCAGUGAGGUACCUAUUAUAGAUGCAUUGAAGAAAGGUGUCAGGGUUAUUGAAUUGGAUAUAUGGCCCAACUCCAACAAAAAUGAUAUCGAUGUUCUUCACGGAAGGACUCUCACUGCACCUGUGGAGUUAAUCAAAUGUCUAAAGGCUAUCAGAGCACAUGCCUUUGAUGUCUCCGACUAUCCUGUCGUUGUGACUCUUGAAGAUCAUCUUACUCCAGAACUUCAGGCCAAAGUUGCUGAGAUGGUUACCCAGAUAUUUGGGGAAAUCUUGUUUACUCCUCCUGUUGGAGAAUCUUUGAAGGAGUUUCCAUCGCCAAAUUCUUUAAAGAGGCGGAUCAUCAUCUCAACAAAACCCCCGAAAGAGUACAAGGAAGGAAAAGAUGAGGAUGUGGUGCAGAAAGGUAAAGCCUUGGGUGAUGAAGAACUUUGGGGGAGAGAAGUUCCGAGCUUUAUUCAGAGGAACAAAAGUGGUAACAAGGAUGACUUGGGUGAUAACGAUGAUGAUGAUGAUGAUGAUGAUGAUGAUGAUGACGACGAAGAUGAUGAUGGAGAGAAGUUAAAGAAAAAUGCACCACCCCAAUAUAAACAUCUGAUUGCAAUCCAUGCUGGGAAACCAAAAGGCGGAAUUACUGAGUGUUUAAAGGUAGAUCCUGACAAGGUUAGACGCCUUAGCUUGAGCGAAGAACAACUUGAAAAGGCAGCAGAAAAAUAUGCGAAACAGAUUGUGAGGUUUACUCAGCGAAAUUUGCUGAGGAUUUACCCAAAAGGAACUAGAGUUACUUCAUCAAAUUACAACCCAUUGGUUGGCUGGAGCCACGGUGCUCAAAUGGUGGCUUUCAAUAUGCAGGGAUAUGGAAGAUCAUUGUGGCUAAUGCAAGGAAUGUUUAGAGCAAAUGGCGGAUGUGGAUACAUCAAGAAACCCGAUAUUCUGCUGAAAGGUGGCUCGGAUAAUGACAUCUUUGACCCAAAAGCUACUCUACCUGUAAAAACAACACUGAGGGUAACUAUAUACAUGGGAGAAGGAUGGUACUUUGAUUUCCGCCACACCCACUUCGAUCAGUAUUCACCUCCUGACUUCUAUACGAGGGUAGGGAUAGCUGGAGUUCCAGUGGAUACAGUUAUGAAGAAGACGAAGACGUUGGAGGAUAAUUGGAUACCAGCUUGGGAUGAGGUAUUUGAGUUCCCAUUAACCGUUCCAGAGCUGGCUCUACUGCGGUUAGAAGUGCAUGAGUAUGACAUGUCAGAGAAAGAUGAUUUUGGAGGACAGACAUGCCUGCCGGUUUGGGAGCUACAGGAAGGAAUAAGAGCAUUUCCUUUACACAGCCGCAAAGGGGAGAAGUACAAGUCUGUGAAGCUUCUGGUGAGGUGUGAGUUUGUGUGAUAACUGAGAUACGGCAUUGGGUUGUGUCAAACACUUUGAACUGGUCCGGUAAGUAUUAAGUGCCACGAGUUUAUGACAUCUAUGUAUUAAGUACCACGAGAGUUUGUGAAUUUCGGUUCGGAGGAUUUGGUGUGGGUGUGUUAUUAUGUGUGUGUGUGGGAGCGAAUGUAUGGUUGCUUGAUUUGUUGUGUGUAAUAUUGUGUACAGUACAGUAAAAGGCAAGAGCGACGGUCUUGUCUCCUGUGUUGUAUUAUAUAGUAGCUGAGGUGUGACACUGUAUUUGAAACUAUUUUAUCAUGAUUAUGGUUUGUGUUUUACUUG